CCUGGGACCUCCCUGCUUCCCUCCACUCCUCCUCCAGACCGUCACCUAACUUCCGGCCUCUCCCCCCUCUCUCUCCCUCUCUAUCCAUCUCGCCUUCAUUCCCAGGGACAAGUUAACCGGUCCGGUGUCAGUGUGGAAAUCCUCCGGUUGGGAUUUGGACUCCGUUUUGCUGGAUUAGGAAGCACGGUGUGCAUCCGUUUUGCUUUGCGGCUCCGCCCGGUGUCCGGUGCGGACUGACUGCUCAGAUCUGAGAGUUUUAUUGGAUUGACCGACAGCGGCGGGAGAGGACUGGUCUUACCCCACACACAGGACAAAGAAAACGGGGGGAAUUUACGGAAAAAAAGAUAAGAGUGGACGAAGAGAGGAAUAAAAAUGGAUAACUGCCUCCUCACACUCGUAUUUGGUUUAUUAAUGCUAGGUGGGUGCCUGGCCCGGGUGGUGACUGUGUCUCCUGGUCCUUUAAUCCGGGUGGAGGGUCAGCCGGUCUCCAUCAGAUGUGAUGUCAAUGAUUAUGGGGGACCUCGUGAGCAGGAUUUUGAGUGGAUGAUGUCCAGGGAGCCGAAAGGGCUGAGGAUAAAGAUAAUCUCCACCUUUGAUGCCAGCUACUCCCACGCGUCACUCAGCAAGCGCGUCGCAUCUGGCGACAUCUCGGUGGUGCGGCUCGAGGACAACGAGGUGGAGCUGAAGAUAGCGGAGGUGAAGUCGCAGGACGCCGGUUUCUACUGGUGUCAAACGCCAAGUACCGACUCCGUUAUCAGUGGCAACUAUGAGGCUCAGGUCCAACUCACUGUCAUCCCCAACACCCUCAGGGUCUCCUCCCAGACCCCGCCCCCAGUCGUCCCAGAAGGAAGUGACAUCACGCUCUCCUGCAACGUCACCCGAGAACUCACCCACCCCACCUACCUGUCCGUCACCUGGUCGGUGAAAAGGGGAACAUCAUCAGAGGAAAUUUUGACAUUUGGCCCUCAGGGAGAUGUGGUCGCGGGGCCGAAGUUCGCCCGCCGCUACGCUGAAGGUGGCAUCCGAUUGGUUCCUGGAAGAAAUGGAUUGUUUGAAUUGGUGAUUACCAGAGUGACGUCGUCUGACGAAGGGAUUUAUGAAUGCAACGGAACGGAAUGGACGCAUGAAAAUGGAGGGAAAUGGAUAAAAAUCGUGGAGAGCACAAGAGAGAUGGGAACUGUUGCUGUUACUCCUACAGGUCAGUCCCUCAGUGUGAAGGCUUCAUCCUCCUCCUCCUCCUCCUCCCCCUCCUCCACGUCUCUGCUCCUCUCCCCCGGUAACACGCUGACCCUCCUCUGCUCCGUCGCCGCCGACAACCUGCCCGCCCUCGCCCUGGAAGUGACCUGGCUGGCCGACGGCCGUGAUAUCAUCACCAUGGAGCGCAGCGGGGUGGUGAUCUCGAACACGUCCUCGAGCGGAGCGCAAGGAAAGCGAGGGGAGGCGAGCCUGGAGCGAACAGGAGCUGGAGAGUACAGGCUGGGGGUGAGAGGGGUGAGGGGGGAGGACGGAGGCGUUUACACCUGCCGUAUCCGAGCCUUCAUCGAGAAAGGAGGAAGGAGGUGGCACAUGGCAGCCGAGAAAAUGUCCAGCCCUGUGACUGUGAAGGUGUUGCAGAUUAACCCGAGCUUCACGCUGACCCUUGAACACAUCCUGAACCCCCAGAUGACAGCUGAACCCACAGAGCUGGCAUGUCAUGUGACCAACAUUACCCAUCUACCCCCGGGCGGCCGACUGGGUGUCACCUGGGAGCACACCACACUUCCUGGUAUAGGGGAUGAUCCUCAGACCUCACAUCCCAUUGGCUCCCUGGAUGGCCAUGGCAACCUGUUGCCGGAAUCGAUGUAUUCUGACAGACUGAAGAGCGGCCUGUUGUCUCUGACCAGAGUCCAGCCCAACACAUUCAAACUGCGAUUCCUCCGCACACAGGAGAUCGACAUGGGCCAAUACGUUUGCACUGUGUCUGCUUGGAGUGUUAACAGCCAGGGCGACAUGGUGAAGACCGCUGAGCACCAGAGCUCGCCGCUGACCGUGCGAUGGGCCACCAAACGUCCCUCUCUAAACGUCGUAGCCAAGGUCACCCGCGAAGCCUCAGUGGGCGGGGCUACCUUUGAGAUGAGCUGCACUGUGGCCACUGAGAACCUUGGGGAGGCGGGCUACUCGGUGCUCAUCCAAUCACAGGAAAGCCUGGUGAGCAAUGUGAAAACCAUCAUGACUCUCAGCCCUGACAACGUCCUGCAGCACGGAGGAGCCACAGACCCCAACAGGAGAGACAGUCUGGUUCUGACAAAGUCUGGUCCUGCCGAGUUUCGGUUUCGCCUGGCGGGGGUCCAGUUGUCUGACAGAGGGUUCUACUGGUGCGACAUCACCGCCUGGACAAAACAGCAGCCAGGACAAACUUGGACCAGAGCCACCAGCGCAGAGUCUAACAAAGUCAAGAUCGACUUUCAAGAAAAUGGCCCGUCCUUCUCCAUCACCAUCCAGUCAGACGCCAGCAGUGUUUAUCCGUGGGAAACGGCCAAGUUGAAGUGUUCGCUCAGUGUCUCUGGAUCCUCGCCAAAGACUGACGACCUGGCAUAUGAGGUGCGUUGGUUUUUCACCAGGCUGCGUGGUGGAGAGACGACAACCCAGGUGGCCAGCGUCGACCGCUUCGGCGUUGUGAAGAAAGACACUCGUAACUCAUCCAGUGACAUUUCCGUAGAGCGCAAAGACACACACACCUACAUGUUGAACAUUCAUGGCACUCAGGACAGCGACAGCGGUGAGUAUCACUGUGUUGCCACUCCCUGGUACCUGUCGGCCUCAACAGGAGCCUGGACUCAAGCUGGAGAGCUGACGUCAUCUCGAGUCUUCCUUACCGUCCGAUUUGCUGUGUGGGAGUCCCUACAGUUACCUCUCUUGUAUGGUGUAGUAGCCUCAAUAGGUGUGGGCCUCUUCUCUCUGGUCCUGGGUCUGGUCUGUGCCCAGUGCUGCUGCCGCAACACCACACACACUCCACGCUCCCGCAACAAACUGAUAGACCUGGAGAUGGACUGACAAACACUUUCCUCCGCACCCACACACUGCAGCGCUCACAGGAAACAUCACACACACAACAGACACACUCCCAUAGACGAUUUCUGGGACACCCAGUUGUUUCCAGGCGACGGACGUUGGGAGUAAAACGACACAUCGCUGUGGAUAUAGAAGCUUGGCUGAUCAAUCGCAGUGCUUUAAGAGGUGCUCAGGAUCUUUCAGCUCUGCAGUGGAGGAGCAGGGGACUUUUACAAGCACCGAUGGGGAAAUAGCCUUUGAGACUUCAAUUUCUAUGAAGAUCCAUUAAAAUCUGUGGCGCUUCCAGUGAUUUUUACACAGAUAUAUUUGCUCUCUGUUAAGACCAUAGCACAACAAGAAACUCUGACGAAUCCAGAGACAUCACUGCCACUUGGGAAUAAAGGAUCACCAAACAGAUCUGCUGCCUCUGUAACCACUAGGGAUAACAAAUGAAGCGCUCAGGCUGGACUUCAUGUUUUUUUUUUUCUUCUUCUGAUGCCAAGGCUCCCUGCAAAGUACAACCACUUCCUGAUAGUAAAUGAGUCUCUCAAAGUAACGACACACCAGCGUACCCCAUUGGAUUUUCUUUUUUGAGGAAGCACAGAAAAUUCAAAGGGUGGUUGGGGUUGGAGAGACGGAAGUGGCAUUUCAUUUAUGUAUCUGCACCUUGACAUAUCCCCCUGUUAAGUCACACGGCUAAAGUUAUUUUGUAUUUGCAGAGACUGGCGCUUUAGGCAGCCUGAGCCUUACUUCUGUCACGGAGGAGGUCAUGGAGUAAACGUCACGUUCAUAUGGGCAGCAGAAGUCCUAGAAAACGAAAGUGCUCUGCGUGCUUUCCACACGAGAGGUAUUGCACUAGAACUACCACCCCAGAGUAUUCCUACCUUAACAAAAGGACAGUAUUUACCUUUAUUCUCAACUCUAGUUUUAUGAAAAUUGAGAGAUUUUAAAAUGUUAGACAUUUUUAAGCUUUACAAGGAGAUAUGCAUUUAGUGUGUUUGUGUGUGAGAUAUACUGUAUGUGGUGCCAAUAUUUGAACUAACGGAGGUGUGCUUGGUUCAUAUUGCUAGAUCAACACUUGAACAGCCACUAACAGUGGUGACAGCAAGCACUCUUCUUUUAUAAAUAUUCAGAAAUGUAUCCAGCUGUUCUUUUGCCCGAGUCUCCUGUGUGUGUUAGUGUGUGAGUGCUGUGCUACAGUAUGUGAGACAAAGAGUUGCAUGUACUGUUUUAUAAUGACAGACUGGUCAUUCAUGAGCAACACAAACUUUUUCCAGGGUUACAUUUUGAUGACAUCAAUGUCUCUUACAUCCAGAUUUUUAAACCUAGCUGUCACUCCACUAAUCUAGACUCUCAUUUGUUCAAACGGUGAGCAACAUGACUCUGUUAUAACACAGUACGGGUGGUUUACAGCUGUUUGCAGAGUUUUGAACAGGAAACUCGUGCAUGUUCCUCAGUUUCAGUUUUGCUUUUUAAAGGAAUAGAGAAACAUUUUGGGAAAUACGUUUAUUCGCUUCCUUUCCAAGAGGGAGACGAGAAGAUCGAUAUCAAUCUCAUGUCUGUGCAUUAAGUACGGAGCUAGAAUCAGGAUGUUGUUAGCCUAGCUUAGCAUAAAGACAGGAAGUAGAGGGAAGUAGCUAGCCUAGCUCUGUCCAAAGUGAAUGUAAACACCCACCAGCACCUCUUAAGCUCACUAUUUAACACAUUGUAGGUUGUUUGUUUAAUCCGUACUCAAGCAGAAAUGUAAAAAGGAAAUUUUUUUGUUUGAGGGGAUGUUACAUGCUCUAACAGUUUCUUGGCAGGGCGGAUGGAUUAACUGUUCGCCAAAACACCUCCUAAAACCACAAAUAGUUUUUACAUUACUGUUUGUGUACAGAUUAAACACACAAGAUACAAUGUGUUAAUUAGUGAGCGGUAAAUAGAGGUGCUGGUAGGCAUUUUUAGGAAUUUUGGACAGAGCCAGGCUAGCUCCUUCCAGUCUUACUACUAAGCUAAGCUAACCAUGUCCUGACUCCAGUUUCGUACAUGAAAUUGAUAUCGAUCUUCUCGUCUAAUUCUUAAAAAGAAAGCAAAUAAGCUUAUUUCCCCAAAUGCUUAACUAUUCCUUUAAACAUCACAUGACUUUAAUGAGUUUAAGGGGCAGUCUAACGUUUUGGGAAAUACUCUUGUUUGCCGUCUUACCCAGACUCAGAUGAGAAGAUUGCACUCAGUUCCACCUCUGCGUCCAGUACAGAGAGUUGAGACGUGGUUAGCCUAGCCUAGCUUAGCUUAACGCAAAGGCUGGAAGCAGGGGGAAACUGCUAUCCUAGCUCCAUCAGAAAUGAAACAUUUAGCCUUGAAAUAACUUUAUUUACACAUUUUUACUAAAGCCACCAGUACAUCCAAGAACCCCAGUUGAAAUUGUUGGCAGGCAUGUUCUGUCACUUUUGGUUUAACUAGGCUAGCAGUUACCAGUUUGAAGAUAGACUAAACACGUCCCAGACCUAUUGCUGGCAAGCAUACUGUAUUUCUCAAAAUGUCAAACUGUUCAUUCGCUAACUAGUAAGGAAGGUAAUCAGAAAACUGUCAGUAAAGUGGUUUCAGAGAUUUCAACUCUGAUACAGCCCUUUUCCAAAUCAUUUCGAGAUGUUUCAUCUUUACUCUUUCAGAGAAAAGUUGUAGGAAUCUGUUAAGUUUACUUUUACCUAACAGCCAAAACUGAAAAUCAGAUCUGUAGAACAAAUACAAAGCGAAAUCUGCCGUUACCAGCUGAUUAAGAAGGUCAGCAGUGCCCAACAAUUAUCAGCUGUUGAGUCUCUGUGGUGUUUUUAUUGCAAAUGAAUGAACUGUUGCAUCAUGUUGACUGCUGUGUGAACGCACACUCACAGUUCCAGCAACAAGUAAGGAAGUUUCUGUCCAAACCCAGCAGGAUCUUACUACAAACCUAACAGGUUUGUAGUAAGAUGUUCCCGGCUGUGUUUCCUCCUCAACCAACUGGGCUUGGAUAGGGCUUUGUUUGAUGUUUUAAAUGGUUUUUAGCAACUAUCAGAACUUUAUGAGCAAUAUCAGGCUGUAGUCAGGUCACAGCUCAUGUAAAGCUGUAAUCAUUACAUAGUUUUCACCCUCAGUCGGAGCUAAAACACACAACAUUAAGAUUAGUUUAAAACAAGAAGGUUGUUUCCUGAUUGGAUGUUACAUAUUCAAACAAUGCAUCUAUCGCCCACUCAGCUUUGACUUUGUGGCCUUAAAUGCGGCCUGGUCAGGCAGCCAGUACAGAAAUUUAACUAUUAUCCAAUCAGAAAACAAUGCCCAAAUCCAGAAAUAUCUCUGACUGAUGAUACUCAAUGGGUUUAUUUCAUAGUUGCACAAAUGUACAACACCAUCGGCUACUGGAAACACCAAGACAAACCUGUACAAUUUUUAUUAAUUUUUUUUGGCCCAACUGAGCGCUUCAGAAGGGUUUAGAAUAGCAGCACUCGUCUGACACACAAAAUUAAACCUUUUGAACCAAAUUUGGUCUGAAUGCAGUUAGUUAAGUUUCAUCCGGCAAACGAAAAACUUAGAAAUAUGACGUUCCUAUUGGACAGUGCUACUAUUCUAUUUUCUAGAGUUAGGGCCACUAAGCGGUUCAGCUGAAAAUCCAUUUGAGAAAUAUUCAAAUAUACAAUAUGUGUGUUUUGGCUUGAUUGAUGGUGACAGUUACUUCAGAAAGUUCCAAUAAGGCUCCAUGUUUGUGGAGGUGUGUGUGCCUCUCUGUGAUAGUGCUGUUGCAGUAUUCAAAAUAGGUUUUACCACUAUCAUUGACACACACACACACACACACACACACACAUUCACUGUACUUAAGCACACAGGUGAAUAAUAGGGCUCUGUGCCAAAUGCUCUUAACCGUAAACAACACACACACACGUUCGUAGCAUUGAUACACACCAUUGAAUAUGUCACUGCAAGGCUUCCCCAGUGUCCUUUUUAUUUUGUCAUUUUAUUGCAAUGAGUACGAUGAAUCAUGAUGAUGUUUUUUAAAUAAAUUGAUUUGUAAGAUGUAUUCAUUUUGUAAAUGACUUUAUAUGUUCUGAUUUUACUGUGGGUUUUUUGUUUGUUUUUUUGCGAUGAAGGUGAGUUGCAGUUUUUGAUAUUAUACCAACAAGCAGAAGCCAGUGUCCCAGUGAUCUCCGUGUGUGCUGCUUUAUCUUGAAAAUGCUUUUCAAUUACUGCUCAGACAAACUAACAGAGACUGUAGAAAAACAGUCCAGGUGCUGUCAUCACAGUUUAUUUGACAAAAGAAUAAACAAAGAAAGAGUUCUAAUUCCCCUCAAAA